CACGGGGACCCCCGUGCCAUGCGGGCUCUCAGCUUCGGCCUCGUGGCCCUGACCUGUGCCACGACGGUGCUGUGCGCGGCCGGAGCCCAGCGCCGGGCGCUGGAGGGGGUCGGCCGCCGGCGUUACCACCGGGUACAGCACGGCCACUGCAGCUACACCUUCGUGCUGCCCGAGGCCGACCCGCCGCCCUGCCCGUCCGCCCCCGGACCCGCCAACGCUUUGCUGCAACGGGACUCACCGGCCGGCACCGCGCACGCCGGCUACGGGGCCGCCGAGCGCCUGCGGCACCUCGAGAGGAUCCUGGAGAACAGCACCCAGUGGCUGCUGAAGCUGGAGAGCUACAUCCAGACGAGCAUGAAGCCGGAGAUGGCGCAGCUGCGGCAGACGGCGGUGCAGAACCAGACCGCCACCAUGCUGGAGAUCGGCAGCACCCUCCUCAACCAGAGUGCCGAGCAGAGCCGCAAGCUCACCGACGUGGAAGCCCAGGUGCUGAACCAGACGUCGCGCAUCGAGAUGCAGCUGCAGGAGAACUCCCUGUCCACCACCAAGCUGGAGAAGCAGCUGCUGCUGCAGACAAACGAGAUCCACAAGCUGCAGAACAGGAACAACAUCCUGGAGGUGCGGGUGCUCGAGAUGGAGACGAAGCACCAGGCAGAGCUGGCGGGGGCCCGCUCGGAGAAGGAGAAGCUGCAGCGCCUGGUGAGCCGGCAGAGCGGCACCAUCGAGGAGCUGGAGAAGUCGCUGCUGGCCGCCAGCGCCAACACCAGCCUGCUCCAGCGCCAGCAGGUCCAGCUCCUCGAGUCGGUGCAGAGCCUGGUGCGCCUCGUCUCCCAGGGCAGAGCCUCGCUGCCCGGGCAGGAGCAGCUCUUCCAGGACUGUGCCGAGGUGCGCCGGGCGGGCAUCCACGCCAGCGGCGUCUACACCCUCCACAUCGCCAACCUCAGUGAGCCCAAAAAGGCGUACUGCGACAUGGAGACGGACCGAGGGGGCUGGACCGUCAUCCAGCUUCGCACCAACGGCAGCCUCAGCUUCCAGAGGAACUGGAGGGAGUACAAGCAGGGCUUCGGGGACGCGGCGGGGGAGUACUGGCUGGGUAACGAGGCCGUGCACCUCCUGACGAGCCAGGAGCCCUACGCCCUGCGUGUCGAGCUGCGGGACUGGGAGGGUGGCCAAGUCUAUGCCCACUACGGGAAAUUCCAGCUGGGGAGCGAGCGGCAGCUUUACAGGCUGUCGCUGCAGGACUACAGCGGCACGGCCGGGCAGCAGAGCGGCAUGGCGCUGCAGGGCACCCGCUUCAGCACCCGCGAUGCCGACAACGACAACUGCCUCUGCAAGUGCGCCCAGAUGCUGUCGGGAGGCUGGUGGUUCGAUGCCUGCGGUCUCUCCAACCUGAACGGCAUCUACUAUCCGGCCCGGCACAACAUCCGCAAGCUCAACGGCAUCCGCUGGCACCACUUCCAGGGACCCAGCUACUCCCUGAAGGGCACCCGCAUGCUGAUACGACCCGCCAGCUUCUAGCACACCGGCGGUCGGGUCGGCACCACAACCGGUGCCAGCCUGGCACGGAGGGAGGGGUCUGGGAGAAGGGACGGUUGCGGGAGACUGAGCCCUCCCGGCCGCUGCAGGGAAGCUUUUCCCCCAGUUAUAUUUUUUUUUACUCUUGUUUAUCCCAUCUUCUGGGAGCCUGCGCAUCGUGGAGAGGGGCAGUGGCACCAUGGCCGUGCCGGAGGGACCCGUGGGCGGCGAUAAGGGGCUCUGAUGCUGCAAGAGUCGGCAUGGGGGCUCUGCUUUGCACCAGAGCCAGCCCCACUGCAGUGGGCUUCGAUAGAUGGAAACCACCCGAUCCUACCUCAGCUUCUCUCCCCAUCCUUCUGCGGGGCCUCCGGUUUUUGCCCCAGGGACGGGGGUCCGAGACCCCCCAGGACCCCCUGCACACUCAGCCGGGCUCCAAGUCAUGGCGAGGGCUUUGCCUUUUCUGUAUGUUUUAGGGCAUUGCAAAGCCCCCACCGUCCCGCUUUCCCCGUGGGAUUAGGGGAGCUGGCGGGGAUGGGGGUCCCUGUGCGUGCGAGAGGCUGGUGCCAUCCCUCCUUCCCCUCCUACCCCGGCACGGCCGUGUGGGGAGGGGGACACGGGCCAUCCCCUCCCAUGUGCAUGGCCCCCGCCACUGUCCCCAUGCACAGCAGCGCAGGCACUGCUCCUCGCAGGAUGGGGACGGGUCCCUUCAGCCCCCCGGGGUGGACAGGAGGAGCAGGGGGUGUCUUUGGCAACCCUGGGGGGACCAGCCCCAGGCUGGGAUAGCCGGCAACUUCGUGCUGGAAGAUGCUUGUUUUGGGGGGGGGGCUGCACUGGCAGGGGGCUGGCAGAGCCCUGGGACAGGCAGGAUGGG